AGGUGUUAUCGGACUACGCACGGGCCGCCUAAGCCUGGUUGUUCUCACUGACGGUCAUAUGCAUACAUUUGGGCUCCGGAUAUCAGCCAGGACGGAAAUCCGCACCCCGCUCAGUGUAGGUUACAAUCUGACUAGCCUAACUUCAUACACAAACCCUUCUAAUGGCAUCAUUAAAGGUUGCAGUGAUUACGGGGGCAUCCUCUGGUAUCGGGCGUCAUUCGGCUAUCAAGCUCUCCUCUGAGGGUUGGAGCUUGGCAUUGACUGCUCGAAGGCUGGCUCAACUCGAAGAGACAAGAUCCCUCUGUGCAAAUCCAGAUGCAUGUCUCCUCGUUGCUGGCGAAAUCACAGACGAAGCCUUUGUGAAAAGCUUGUUCGAGGAGACUGUGAAGAAAUUCGGUAGAUUAGACCUGUUGUUCAACAAUGCUGGUUUGUCUGACAAGGCAAGGCCCAUCGAGGAGAUGCCGCUUGAGAUGUUCACAUCGGUCGUUAAUGUCAACCUUAUUGGCUCGUUCCUUUGCACUCGCGAAGCUUUCAAGAUUUACAAGCAACAAGAACCCACUGGAGGAAGGAUCAUCAACAAUGGCUCAUUAGCUGCCCACGUGCCAAGGCCUCAUUCCGUUGCAUACGCGACCUCUAAACACGCAGUGCACGGUUUAACUAAGACCAUCGCUAUCGAGGGGCGAAAGCACAAUAUCUCUGUGACGCAGAUUGACAUUGGAAACGCGCACACGUCUAUGGCUGCAGGGCACACUUUAGGAGCGUUGCAACCCGAUGGUCGGAGAGUCGUUGAACCGACUUUUGAUCCGAUACAUGUUGCGGAUGCGGUUGCGCAUAUUGCGAGUCUCCCUACAUCCGUUACGGUACUGGAGAUGAAUAUUAUGGCGACUGGUGCUCCUUAUGUCGGAAGAGGAUGACCAUCGAUACUUACAAUUGUGGACGAAGACAACGGGAUGAUUCAGUAGAAUAGUUGUAUGAGCGUGGUGACAUCGUUGCUGAUUACAUGAGUACCACCUACGUCGUCUAGCAAUGCACUGAUACAUACAAAACAAUGCAUGUAACAUGGAUAUUAAGUUUAGACAGUGCGGUCUUCAACGUCUUGACUGUGAAGUCCCCACCAACUCUCUUGGACCGUCGAGUUAUUUAUACGC